AUGGCUGACGAAGCAAUCAUCAAGAUACCCUCCGGCGAAGUCCUAGAAGACGACGAUUCAGAAACCCCGGGCCCAACCAUCUCCCUCCCUGACUCAGGCGACGUAGGCGAAGGCGGAAAACUGAGCAUGAUCGUUCAGCUCGUCAAGAAGUGUCUGGGGGUCAAGGAUAUCGCUGCCAUGCGACUGUCAUUACCUGCAAGUCUUCUAGAGCCCCUUCCAAAUCUUGAAUAUUGGCAUUAUCUCGACAGACCUGACCUGUUCGCUGCUAUCAAUGAUUCCAACGAUCCCUUCGAGCGCAUCUUGGCAGUCGUGCGUUUCAUAUUCACAAAGGACCUUAAAUUCGUCCACGGCAAAGUCUGCAAACCCUACAACAGUGUUCUAGGCGAGCACUUCCGUGGUCAUUGGGACGUCCCCCCGGUUUUCUACAGUUCUGAUCCAACUCAACCUCCCAUCCUCCGCGUCCAUACAAGUGUCCCCCCUUCCCAGGUAACUCUAGCACAAGGAGGCGAGACAGUGAGCGUGAAGAGUAAUCGCAGCGGCAAGAGUUCAAAGAGCACGCGUAGUGGCCUCAGCCUCACUUCUACCUCCAAGGACAAGACAUCCCCGACCCUAAGUACAGCUCCUUCAUCUCUCGGCGAUGCCGGUCUUUCCAAACUUUCGUUGUCUCCUCUUAAUGGAAGCGGGAGUGGAAGGAACGAGGGCAAGGACAAAGACAAGGCCCAUAUCCGAGUCGUAUACGUAACAGAACAAGUAUCGCACCACCCCCCCGUAAGCGCAUAUUAUGCCUCAUGUCCCUUGCGUGGGGUGGAGAUGGCAGGCAUCGACCAGAUUAGCGCAAAAGUGAGCGGUACGGCCGUGCGCGUCGCCCCAGGGUCGUUCAACAAGGGCAUCUACAUCAAUCUUACAUCGGGACCGGGCAUGGGGGAGAAGUAUCACAUCACGCACCCGGUGGCUAAUGUAAAUGGGAUCUUGAGGGGGAGCUUUUAUAUCACUGUGGGGGAUAGCACGAUCGUUACUUGUGUGGGUGCGAAGGGAGUGGCAUAUCGGGCUGUGAUUGAGUAUAAAGAAGAGUCAUGGCUAGGCCGCGCACACUUUCUAGUCGAGGGGGUGAUACACACAUACAACGAAGGAUCUACAGAACACAUAGAAUGGACGAAGGUGAAACACGUCCCCACGGCUCGGGUCGUAGCUGUCUUUGACGGAUGCUGGCGGAAUCAUAUACGGUGGCGGCGGACUGCUGCAUCUCCCCCUGCUCCAUCCACAUCUUCAGCAGCAUCAUCCCCAUCGACGUCAAGUUUUUCGGCCCCUUCGUUAUCAGAGACGGAAUACGCGACGCUCGUAGAUCUCUCGACGCUCUUCGUGGUCCCGAAGAAGGUUCGCCCGCUAGAAAGGCAACUUCCAAAUGAGAGUAGGAAGUUGUGGGAUGGUGUGACGACGAGGCUACUUGCGAAGGAGUAUGGGGAGGCUACGAAGGCAAAACUUGCAAUUGAGCAGAAGCAGAGGGAUGAAGCGGGUGAGAGGAAGAGGAAGGGUGUUCAAUUUAUACCCCAGUACUUCGAGAAAGAUAUCAGUUCUGGAAUACCCGUUCUUACCUCUGCAGGCCGGAAAGCUGUGGAAGAAGAACUCAAGGAGUGCUCUGAGACUUGGCCGUCGUCAUAG